AAUAAAAGGAAGGUAAGAAGGUAAAAAUACUCAUUACUUUGUAGAAGUACUAUAGUAUUCACUUUUAACUACUGGUAUCGGAACAUCACUAAUUAUCGAUUGCAAUAUCAAUUAAAGAAAGCGGAGAGAAGAUAGACAACAAAAGAUCCGACGACAUUAGGAAAAAAUUUAUUAGGGUAUAUUUUGAGAUUAAAAAGCCUUAAAAUCCCUGCAUUACAAAGUUCAAAUUCCAUUAAAACCUUUUUUAAUAAAUUAGUUUAAUCGACAAAGCUAGAUGGCUAUGGAUGUGAUAAAUAAAUUUUACUCAACUGUGCAUACGACAGUCUCACAGCUGUCGGGAGUCUUACCAGGAAACAAUGUCACCAGGGAAUAUGAAGUACUGGAGCAGGUGUGUACAGCAGGCGUUGGCCUUAUGUGGAAAGUGUACAAUGGGUAUAAGAAGAGUACAAAACAGGAAGUAUCUGUAUUUGUAUUCGAGAAGAAAAUGCUAGAGCGCUGGGCGAAAGAUGAUCGCGAGACCAUGUUGGAAACCCUACGGCGAGGCGUGCAACAGUUGACAAAAAUACGACAUCCACACGUCUUGACCGUUCAGCAUCCGCUCGAGGAGUCACGCGAUUCAUUAGCCUUUGCCACGGAGCCCGUAUUCGCCUCGCUUGCGAAUGUAGUAGGUGACGCAGUGCGUUCGGAUAAAAAACUCUAUGACGUAGAGAUACGCCACGGUCUUUUACAACUCUUUGACGGCCUGUCUUUUCUGCAUAAUGACGCAAAAAUCGUGCACCGCAAUAUUUGCGCUGAAACUAUAGUGAUUAAUAAAAAUCGCAGUUGGAAGUUAUUUGGCUUUGACUUUUGCAUUGCCAAUCAACCCUCAGUGGACGGUAAAUCAUUUUGGCCCUGCCGUGAGUAUUCAACUUCUAUACAUGUGUUGGCACAGCCCAGUCUAGAAUAUUGCGCACCAGAAAUAGCGCUUAACACUAUAAAUAGCCCCGAAAGUGAUUUAUUCUCCUUAGGUGUGUUAGUUUUCACAAUUUAUUCCGGGAAGCCGUUAAAAAUGUUUGGCAGUGAUUAUAGCUCGUUUCGGCGUUAUGCAGCCGAUCUCAAUCAGCGUAAGUAUCCUUCAAUGAAUAGUGUACCCAGCGAAUUGAUUGAGAGCUUACGGGCAUUGCUGCAUCCCAGUCCCAAUAUGCGGCCACAACUGCAUGAACUGAAACAGAUUGUUUAUUUCCAAGAUGUUGGUGUUAAGACGCUUAGCUACUUAGAUUCCUUGUAUCAGUGGGAUAAUUUACAAAAAUCGAAAUUCUACAAAGGACUUCCACAAAUCAUACCUACACUACCGCAUCGUGUCAACUUACAUUCCAUUUUGCCAUAUUUGGUAAAGGAAUUCAUAAAUUCGCCAAUGAUACCAUUUGUAUUACCCAAUGUGUUGCUUAUUGCUGAGAUGAGCAGCCAGAAAGAAUAUUGCGAGCAUAUUCUAACACAUCUUAAACCCAUUUUCAAACUGAACGACCCCAUACAAAUACUACUUAUUUUCAUGCAAAAAAUGGAUCUCUUACUUAAAUUGACUCCAGCUGAAGAAGUGAAGCUUCACGUAUUGCCGCUACUCUAUCGCUCGCUGGAGUGUGAUAUGCCACAAAUACAAGAGUUGUGCUUGGCAGUAUUACCCACUUUUUCCAAUUUAAUCGACUACAAUGCCAUGAAAAACGCUGUGAUACCUCGCAUUAAAAAACUCUGCCUGAACAGCACCAAUGUUUCUGUGAAAGUGAAUUGCUUGAUUUCGAUUGGUAAACUCUUAGAAGAUUUGGACAAGUGGUUGGUAUUGGAUGAGAUUUUACCAUUCCUGCAUCAGAUACAGAGCCGAGAACCUGCUAUAAUUAUGGCAAUAAUUGGAAUUUAUAAAAUUGCCAUGACCAACACCAAGCUGGGCAUAACUAAAGACGUGAUGGCGCAUAAAUGUAUACCGUUUUUAAUGCCACUCUGUGUGGAGAAUGGAUUGACGAUUGCACAGUUUAACACAAUUGUGGCGUUAAUUAGGGAAAUGUUCGGUCGAGUGGAGAAGGAGCAGCGCGAAAAACUGGAGCAACUUUCAACUAUACAAAGGGAGAACAAACCACGUGAUGCUUCUGAGAUUUUGGCCACAGAAUUGGAAAAAGGCACGGGUUCCUUAUCGCAGGGCGCAAAGGCGAAUACAAGCCUUACGAACAGCGUAAACAGUGACGAUGAUAUGUUUUCUGGAUUUUCCAUAUCACCACCAACGAAACAGUCAAGCGCACCUUCACAAGGAAUUCAACAAUUAAAAUUAAAAUCGAAUAAUGAUGCGCUAAAAAUAUCGCACACUUCAUCGCCUAAACCCGACAUUCUCUCCUCGCUGAUGAACUCGAAUAUAUCGAAUCUAAGCAACUCUUCAUCGCCAAAGUCCUCGGUUGCCCCCACAUCCGCAAUGUCACCGAUUGUGAAUCCCUAUACAUCUCCCGGCAGUAAUGUGACCAGUCCCAACCAAUCGCAUUCAACUGACGCUUGGACAAACAACUGGCAUAGCGCAAAUCCUUUGGUUAUGAAUCAUCAACUGGCCUCACCACAAGCCAAUAAUAGUAGUAAUAAUAAUUCAUCAUCGUUGGAUAAAUUAAAUCCAUUCGGUGGUGGGAAUAAGAGCGCAAGUGUGCAACGACAAGUUGUAAACUAUAUUUACCCUUCGGGCUACAACAGCAGUGGUGCCAGUGGAAUCAGCAAUGGCAAUAGUAUGAGCAGCUUGAAUAAUAUGAACAACUUAACUCCACUGAUACCGCAACAAAAUGCAGCGCAGAAACAGGCACAGGAUAACAAAAAUCUUAACACAUUAUCACAGCAGGAUAUACUAAGUUUCCUAAAUUAAUUGAACAAUGCCAAUGUGUUAUUGUGCGUUUCUGUAACAUGAUUGCAGCGAAAUACUGCGUGCAUUCCACAUACUAUGGGUUACAACAAAUACAAGUGUAGCGUUUAUAUGACGUGGCCAUUUUAAAUAUCAAAGACAAUUUCAAAACCAGCAGUUAUAAGCGGACAAAGAUGAAAUGAUGUAGGAGACUUUUAUUAGGUAUAUAGAAUAACAAGUGCAAUAUGCUGAUUGCAAGUGUUAUGUAUGAAUGUUUUAUUCGUUUUCUUUUUAUAUACCCAUAUCACACAGAUUUUGGGCAUAACCUAAAACUGUCAAACAUUUCAAAUUAACAAAAACUAUUUACGUAGGUAUUCCAGACUUUUGGCCAAAUUGUGCAUGUCGUUUUUGACUAGUUGUUUUUGUAAACUUUAUCGUGAAUAUUUAAUUAUCUGAAUCAACGGUAGCUAUAG